AGAAGAUCUUAAUUUAACAGAUGCUAAUGUGCUAAUCCAAAAGUAAAUGAGGAACUUAGAAAAAGAUUGCCAACUCCAGAUCAACAUAUUUAGAGAAAAUUGGAAAAGGAGAAGCUUACUACAGCUUUAUUUGAGGACUUUUUAAAAGAACACAGAGUUCUAGCUGUGAGCUUCAAAUCUUGGAGCAAAAACCAGAGACAUUGCCAGAGCAAACAAGAACAGAAGUACAAAUGGAGGACUGGUCAAAAGAGAUAGCCCAUAGUUAUCUUGAACAAGAGACUACAGGGAGAAAUAAAAGUCCAGAGCCAGAUGAACAGCCAACUGUGAAUUCUAAGGAAGGCAUGCAUCAGAAAUCCGAUGAAUUAGUUAAUGAAGCCAUCCAUGAGGACACAGAACUGCCAGGGCAGAGAUCAAGGAAUUUUCCUUAUCCAGGUGAUGAGACAGCUGACUCUACUACUAAAAAAUCCAACAUUAUGGAACAUAGAGAUAAUCAUUUGCAUUGUGAGUGUGUGAUCCCUUGUCAAGUUACUUCAGACUUAGAUAAAGAGAAGAAAAUAGCAUUUCUUCUAAAAGAAUUGGACAUUCUCAGAGCAAGCAAUAAAAAGCUUCAAGAAAAAUUGUAUAAAGAAGAUAAGGAACAGAGAAAACUAAAGCUUAAGCUGGAACUCCAGGAGAAAGCAACAGAAGCUCAAAUUGCUGAAAAGACAGCAGCUCUGGUUGAAGAAGUGUAUUUUGCACAGAAGGAACGUGAUGAAGCUAUUAUGUCUCGACUGCAGUUAGCCAAUGAGGAGAGAGAUGAAGCAAUGGCUCGAGCCAAGCAUAUGGAAAUGUCUCUAAAAGUGCUAGAAAAUAUUAACCCUGAAGAAAAUGACAUGACAUUACAGGAAUUACUGAACAGAAUAAACAAUGCAGACACAGGAAUAGCUAUUCAGAAGAAUGGAGCUGUAAUUGUGGAUAGAAUCUACAAGACCAAGGAAUGUAAAAAGAGAAUAACUGCAGAAGAAAUGAAUGCAGUGAUAGAAGAGCGGGAUGCUGCUUUGUCUCAGUGCAAACGGCUAGAGCAGGAGCUUCAUCAUCUGAAAGAGCAGAACCAGACUUCAGCAAACAACAUGAGACAUCUGACUGCUGAAAACAAUCAGGAACGUGCUCUGAAGGCAAAGUUGUUGGCUAUGCAACAAGCCAGAGAGACUGCAAUUCAACAGUACAAAAAACUAGAAGAAGAAAUCCAAACACUUCGAGUUUACUACAGUUUACACAAAUCUUUAUCCCAAGAAGAAAAUCUGAAGGAUCAGUUUAACCAUACCCUUAGUACUUAUGAAGAAGCUUUAAAAAAUAGAGAGAACAUUGUUUCCAUCACUCAACAACAGAAUGAGGAACUGUCUACCCAACUGCAGCAAGCUCUGACAGAUCGAGCAAACAUGGAAUUAGAGCUUCAGCAUGCCAUGGAGGCCUCCCAAGCAGCCAAUGACAAAGUGCAGAAGUUGGAAAGGCUGGUGGAUGUCCUGAGGAAGAAGGUUGGAACAGGGACCAUGAGGACAGUGAUCUGACUGAAAAAACGGCAGUCUGGGGAAGCAAUCACAUCUGGUGACCAGGCUGCUUCAUUCAACACUGUGUAAACACUAAAGCCUUAACUUAGCAAACAGUUGUUAGAAGUGGGACACUCCAACCACAUUCCAAGCUGAGAUAAAAUCAAAUCACAAAUGUUUAACCACUUUGCUGCUGACUUGAGUUAUUUAUCCAAAUGUAUUAACUACAGACUUUUACCAAUGAGUAGCUAUAAAGUUGCAGCUUAUUUUGUAACUAUUUUAUAUCUCACUGUAUUGAAUAUAAAUCUUCUUACCAAGAGACCAUUGUAGGUCAUAUCUUCACGUACGGCCCUUUCUGAGUCAAAAUGCGGCAAAGUAAAUAUUGUCUAAACCUUAAUCCACUGUGUUAGGUCAAAACUUCAAAUACAUGUAUUUUUCAAUAUACAAUUUAUUUCUUAACUGAUGAGAGAAGCUCAGACAUGAGAGUGUAUGGUCUUCCUCCAAUGCAUACACAUAAUCUUUGUUAGUAUUAAAGAAUAUUAAAUCUAAAUACCCAGAAUUAAAUGUAUACUUUGCUCCAAUAAGAGUUUGAUAUUUUAAAAUUACAUUAAUCAAGGCAUGAUUUUUAUUUCACUACAAAUAAUGUGAACUGUUUUCAAUAAACAAAAAAGAUACUGUUCAUGUGUACUUUUAAAUUCAUAUUGUCAACAUUUUUUAAUGUUGUGACUGAAUAAUUAUCUGAACUCUAUUUAAGCUAUAGAAAUUGCCAAGUCUGUCUCGUAGGCUGGGACACCUUUGGCUUGAAAAUUAGCAUGUGCCCACAUGACUUUAAAAGGCAAGAGGCCAUCAAACAUGUUAAGUAUUAUC